AUGGUCUACACCCGCCCCCGCCACGCCCGCGCAGCUGUAUUCGCUUCGGUCGUGCUGUGCUUGAUCAUGGUGGUCGUGCCGACGUCCGUUCUCGCACGCGCGACGACAAUCGUCGCACCACCAGCCGUAAACUCCUCCAGGCGUCCAGAUAGGGAAUACAUCCCGACUUCGGCGGGUGCUGACGAUGGUGAGACCUUGUUCCAGCCCAACUCUACCGAAAGGUCCCCCGAAGAACCCCUCCUUGAGGAACCGCACUGGCUCCCCUUGCUGAAGCGCGCGAGGAGACGCAAACCGCCGUCAGGAGAUGCUUGGAGCGGCGACACGACGAUGCGCAUCAUUGGUAAUCUCGGUAUUGGUGCGAGUAAGUGCAUUUCAAUCCGGCUGGGGUCGUCAUACCGCAGUAGAGGCGGAAGACUGAUUGACCGUGCGUGGGUGAUUCAAAAGUGCAAGCGAUCCAGUCCUCUGACGACGAGCUGCUGGUGAGACAUAGGGCUGCCUUCGGUGCCGAGUCGAGACCCAGAAUUCUGACACGGGGUCACUUUGACUUCUUUGAUAUACGGUAUCACUACCUUUGACUGUUUCAGAGUGAGUCGUCGCUUCUACCAUCGAUCGCUAAUACAUCACAGAGACUUCGCUGAUUGGCUCGUCAUCCCUGUCGAAUGACCCCUAUCUCGGCAUCGGGAGAAAGUGUGAGUACCUCGGCACGGAGGCGCAGAAUGUGCAAGCUAACAACCGGCGCUACUCAGUCUGGACAAGGCUCAGAAUAACCCGCUUAUGAUCGAUGGGCAUAGUGCUUGGGGUAAGUUUAUCCUUUAGGGCCCGAAGCUGGUCUGCGCUCGGAUGAUUGCUCAACUCUCCCCUUGCGCCCCGUAGGUCUCAUCUACAACAUUCAUACGGGGAAACAAAGAGUUCUACAUAUGGUCACUAACUCGCAAGUUCAGAUCCCUACAAACAAAAAAUAAACUCUUCCUAAAAAUAUCUGAUCACUGGUACCCCUUCCUGCUCUUACAGCUUCUGCGCUGCGGGUACCUUCAUUUCAAACGGCGACAUCAUCAGCGUCGGGGGCCAAACGUCUGAAAACACCGAGCUCGGAAAGCCGGGUGUCGCUGGAGAUGGCUUCACGGGCCUUCGCGUCUUCCGACCGACGACCCGUCAGUUCCUCGACGACCCGAGGAAGGCCCACAUCCAAUCGGCUCGUUGGUACGCGUCCGUCAUCCGCGUCACGGACGGCUCGGCUCUCAUUAUGGGCGGUAGCAAGAAAGGGCAGUACAACAACGAACGGAAGGUCGAUAAUCCCACGAUGGAGUUCGUUCCGAGCAAAGGAUCUCAAUACUACUCCAAGUUCUUGCAUGACGCGCUCGACUCGAAUAUGUUCCCCAUUGCGUUCUUGUUGUCCAAGUCGGGCCAUGUAUUUGUGAUGGCCAACGAGAUCGCGAUGAUCUACGACUGGAAGAAUAACCGCGAGUACCGAGUCGAAGGACCUCCAGGAGGGAUCGUGCGCACCUACCCUGGCUCGGCAACAGCAGUCCUUUUACCUCUGACGAUCAAGAAUAGAUGGCUCUCGGAGGCGCUCAUCUGCGGCGGCGUGUUCAACACGGUCAACAUGACUAACCCGGGGCACGACGUUCGAGCCGACGAACCCGUCAGUGAUCAAUGCGUUCGUACCUCCUUCCCGGGGGGAACCAGAAUCUCGGGCUGGCACGUCGAGCACAUGCCGAGCCCUCGUAUCAUGGGUGACCCCGUCCUCACUCCUGAUGGCAAGUUGCUCAUCGUGGGCGGAGCCCAAAAGGGCACCGCAGGCUACGGAAACGCGAUCGGGAUGGGUGAGUACGCGCCUGCUGGUCGCAGGUCCUUCACGCCAUGAAGGCUCGUGCUUGACUGAGGUGUGCUUUUCUGCCUCAAAAUGUCUGCUUUUUACUACAGUUGGUCACAGUAGUAUGUCCAGCCAGAGCCUCCGCGCAGGCGCACUUCCAAGAACUGACUCCGACCUCAUCCCCAACUCCUAGAUGCCAAAGAGCCCAACCUUACUCCCGUCUUGUACAACCCGGAUGCGCCCAGGGGUCAACGGUUCUCCAACAAGUUCCCGGCGGCCAGAAUUGAGCGCAUGUACCACUCUGCCUACUUGUGCACGAGCGAAGGGAACAUCCUCGCGAUGGGCUCGUCUCCGAACCCUCGCGUACUCACCAAAAUUGAUUACAAGACUCGGUUAGUUUACUCCCCCUUCGUUUCGACUAGGCUCGCGGGGAGGCUCAUCUUAGGGUUCUUCUUUUCAACUUCGCAGGUUCGAGAUUGAGUCUAUCGCCCCUCCGUAUAUGAGCAAGACGCGACCGGCCAUCUUGAGUUAUCCUGGGCAGCUCAGUGAGUCUAUCUAUCACUCUUAGCUCGAGCCCAGCCUUAUCGCCUCAGACUCUCACUAACCCCCCCUUUUCCGCAGACUACACCGGUCGUUACACCUUGACAAUCUCGAACCCCAUGGGCUGCGAUAACGCCCGGGUGGUCCUCCUCGAUGGCGGGUACGCGACCCACGGUCUACACAUGAAUCAGCGAUUGGUCGAGUUGCCCGUCACUUCGUUCACUAACCAAUCGAGGAUCACUUUCCGCGGUCCGCCGGAUCCGACGAUUUGGCCUCCUGGUUAGUGGAGAGGUGUGAUCUAGUGUCUUUAUCAUAUGUUGACAGUGGGUGUCUUGUCUUAUAGGCCCCGCCUUCUUAUGGCUCACCGUCUGUGAGGGCAACAUCCCGAGUAAAGGCCACAAGAUCAUGGUCGGCGAUGGCUCGAGUGAAUUGAACCUCUUGCUUGGUCCCACACGGGAUGUUGAAACCGAAAGACUGACAUCCUCUCUUGACCGCUUUCAAACCAACCAGACCCCCCCAACUACAAGGUUCCUUUCUAA